UUAAAACGUUUAUGAUGAAAUAACCAAUUUAAGUGAAAACUACAUGUUAUUUGGUGAUUAUUAUUAGACAGAGAUGAGCUCGUUUCUGAGUGAGGAGAAAUCAGCCGGACUCCUUAAGAACGCAGGUGGACAGCCCGCGGUUGUGUCGGUUCAGUCCGUGUGGCCUUGUUACCCGUUAACGUUGCCCGUGGAGCUUUUACCGAGGCACCAGUACGUGGCCUGGGACAAUACCGGCCGCGUGGAGCCUUCGUGGGGAACAUACACGUCCUUCAACCCAGUGACCGAUGCCACGCCAAAUCCCAAAAAGAGCAGGAAGUUCUUUCUGGACAGGUCUGUGUUUGACCUGGUGGACGCUCAUCCCUAUCUGUCUCUGACUGACCCAAAGUUACUGGGCUGGUAUCUUGGUUUGACUCCCGAGGACAGAAACAUCAUACUGGUUGAAGGAGGAUUUCAUCAGUUUCUGCAAAGACAUCCCGCCUUUGAACUGUCAAACCAUCAUGUUUAUGUGAAAUAUCCUGUUGGAAAGGUCACUCCUGUCCUGCCGACCUUGACGUCCAUAAGUCAGAAAAGUGAAUCAUCAUCAGGAGCAAAGACGGGCAGACCUCACACAAGUAAAUUGCCCCGUGCACAUCUACAGCUGGAGAUGCAUCGCAGUCAUGUAAAGGAGAACCUGGUCCACCUCCGGGACAACGUCCGCACGGCCGGCAGCAGCAGCAUCACACAGGAGCCAAGUCAUCAGCGGAUCCUCACAGAGAGGGCAGAUGCAGAGAGGCCACCGUGGCAGAUGAGCGGCAGCGUCGCCGUGUGCAAAGACCCGGCGGCAGAUCUGGCCAACUUUUCUCUGGACAUGGAGCUGGAGCGACGCAGGGGCCACGUUUUAGUGAAGCAGAACGAAGCUAACAUCACCGCCAAAGUCUGUCCGUUACAGUCACAAAGGUCAAAUGACAAAGAGUCGUCCUCUGAGUACUUUGAUGUUGAUGACCGGAGUAUCGUCCAGUCAGUGAAGCCACAGCAGGUCAAUUGUCCAACGGCCCCGGUGUGUGGAAAAGAAAAGACGGAGGACGAGGACGAAGAUGCAACUGACGAGAGCGAGGAUGAAGAUGCAACUGACGAGAGUGAGAACUUCCAAACCGUCCUGGAGGACGACGUGAGUGUCCUGCUGUGUCUGGACAGUAAAGGGUUGGAAACACUUCAGACGGACGUCUCAUCAGACACAGGAGCCAUGAGGAGAGCGUCAGAAAGCAGCGUCUCCACCUGUGACGCCAUGGUUGGCACAACACUGACCUCGUUCACAGCAGCUUUCACUCAGUCUGAGAAUCCAGAGACGGCGGAUAAAAGUGUCUUAACUGAACUCUACAUGUCAGACUUGGACGAGAUUGCCAAGGAAUUUAUCAAAAUGAAGACGACUCUGGAGGAACAACGAGAGAAAGUGAAAAGCUCAGGUUGUGGAUUGAGAAAGCAGUGUGACUGUUUACAGCGAGCUCAGCGAGCAGAGCUUCACCUCCUGACUCUGCAGUACAACAUGUGCACACAGCACUGCUGGAGACUCUACUACAUCUCUGCUGAGGGAGGCCACGCCUCCACGCUCGCAGGUGCAGCUCAACACUGGGUGAAGGAGCCUCCAUGCAACAUUGGAGGUGUUCUGCAAAAACUGGAGGUGGAUUAUUAUCACAUGAGGGAUCAGAUCCUCGAUGGGGUUCCUCUACAGCAACUGAAGCCUCUUUGUGUUGACUCUGAGAAGAUAAGCUCAGGAGCAAGUUACACCCCUGCUCUGAUGAUUGGCGACGUGGUGGGAAACCCUCCUUCUCGGCGUCCACAGGAGAAGACAUCAGGUGAAGACCGUGGACGCUGUGGUGAUGGGACCACGUUCCUGGAAUCUGAGACGCAGGGAAAUAAGGCAAAGGAGGAGAAGAUGACAUCAAAGAGAGCGGUCACUCUCAUCCCGCAAAAUAGAAGCGCUCACCAAGGAGCAGCACACAAAGACCUGAACACGAGCGAGGCCUGGUACGAUGCUGAAGAAGUUCUGGACCCUACAGAACCUGCUGAGACGCAACCAGACCCAACAACCAUUGCCGGAGAUGGAACCAACAGUAAGCGAUUAAUAAAACCCGUUAACAUCACUGCUGUUGUUGCAGCUACAGAAUCUGCAGGUGAUGAGGUCAAUGACUCCAGAUCACUGCUGUGUGUCACUAACCUGACCGGUCAUGUGACGGAGAGUGAGGUGAUGAUGUGGUUUGAGAAAUAUGGAGCCUCUGAAGUUAAAAUCUCUGUUUUAAAGAACGAUCUGAGAGUCGCCAUAGCGAUGGUAAGUGACCUCCAGUCUGCUGAGGCCGCGGUGAAGGAGAUGAACGGCAUCAGCGUGGACAGUCACACUUUACACGUGGGGAUCAUCAGUGGAGGAGGAGCUGCUGUUUCUGCUGCUGCUGCUGCUUCACCUACGUCCUCACAGGAAGACGACACCAGACGACAGCCGCUCACAACUGAACCCAGAGUCUCUGACAGAGAGUCAAAGACGCCGUCCUCUCUCGAGUCAACGUUUCCUCCGCCCUUGAGCUCCGGCAUCAAGAGGAGGACGGUGGUCUCCGUCACGCCCACGGCACAGGGGACGUUUGUCCCGCAGCACUUCGGCACCAUGGGCAGCUUCGACUACCUGAUGUCGGAGCUGACACGCCUUCACCCUUGCGUGGACAAGCAGAGGUUUGUGGACGCUCUGGUGCAGCUGAGGGCGAGACACCGGGGCGUCCUCUGUGGUCUGCCGCUCAGCAAGAUCAGAGAGAUGGCGUCUGAGCUGCUGAGCGGCUCACAGACUGACACGCAGAUAUAAGUGUUAGAAAAGGCUGGGAAAGUUGUUGUUUUACAGUCGUUUAUUGUUUCUCAGUUUAUUUCAGCUGCAAACCAGUACAUUUAGAGUCUCAGGGUUUCCCCACAGCACCCAAAUCUGGGUUUUAUUUUGAUUAAAAAGCAGUUUUUUUUCUGUUUAAAUAGAUUACUAGACUUAUGCUUUAAGGUGUGUCACCUCAGGAGAAUCAGAGAUUUGACACCUGAGCUUCUGACACAGAUAUGAGAGAGCAGGAGCUCUGAUUAUUAUUUCUAGUUUGAAAAAUGCUGAAAAUCACAACUUUUCUAUUGUUUGUGUAUUCAUUAAAGCAUCAGCAGAGUUUACUGUAGCAGCAAACAAAAUACAAAAGUUUAAGAGGAUUUCAAAAAGUUUCUUUUUCUAAAAUUGUGUUUGUUUCCUCACUGUUGUUCACACAGGUUUGUUUGUUUGUUUCACAUUCAAUCAAAAUAAAAUAAGUCCUGACUCUUAGAAAUCAUUUUUUGAUCUUGUGAUUAUUUUUUUUUUUUAAAACGUCCUCACAAUGUCAGUAAUGCCACCAAAAUAUUAUUUAUAUAUUAUUUA